UAUAUAGCUUUGCUUUAACAUAUAUUUUUACAAUAUUUGCUACAUGUUUAUAAUAUUAUUUACGUUAUUAAUAUUAUGUUAUUAAAUUUAUAUCUGCUUAAAAAUGUAUUUCUAUAGAUUCCAGAUACACUGGUCAUUGUUUUAAUCCUGGUGUUUAAUGCAGUGGGUGGACUAUCACACAACUGUUCCGUUGAGUACUCUACAAAGUUCCAAGGUUUAUUUGCGAACUGCAGUGGAAGAAAUCUUCAACGUGUUCCUGGAUUAAAUAUCAGCAUAGUGGCCUUGGAUUUGAGCCAAAAUAACAUAACGUUACAAAACAAAGAUUUCAAUUACUCAUCGCUCGUUUACCUCAGCCUUUCCGAUAAUGGACUAAAACAACUACCAGGUGAUGUAUUUACCGCAUGUGAGAACCUGUCUGUCCUUGACCUCGGUAACAAUAAGUUAAAGUACAACAAUGUCUCCUUCCCACGUGAUGUCUUCAAAUCUCAGAGAAAGUUAAGAAGUUUGAACUUGGGAUUUAACGAUGACACAGACACGGGAGUAUAUCCAGAUGAGAUGUUUCGGAACCUGAGAGGUCUCGAGGAACUGACCAUAGACAGUUUCAGUAACACUCGGUUCGGUCGAGGAUUCGAGGCACUGGUUAGUCUGAGACUGCUAAAUUUAUCUGGUAAAUCUGCACAUUGCAGAAUUGAAAGUUUAAUUAAUGAUUCACUUUCAGUGUUUACAUCAUCAAAUAUUGUGUCUUUGGAUCUGUCGUAUUGUGAAGACCUUUCUGAAAUACAAACAAAUGCUUUUGCACCAUUAAAAAAACAACUAAAACAUCUCACUCUGGACAACGCUAUGAGUCUUGGUUUGCACCAGUCGUUAUCAGCUUUGUAUGGCUUACAGGGAACGAACAUGUCGUCACUGAAUUUCAGAAAUGUUGACUACACAACAAGUUUAUAUGUUACAGAAGACAUACAGGAUAGGGAACUCUUUGCAGAAACCAUGCAAUACUUAGAAAAUAUAUGUGUGUCCGAUUUAAAUCUGGCCGACAACCACAUUCUCUAUAUUGAUAUUAUAAGCUUUUUCAGUAAAAAUAAUACAAUAAGUAAGUGUCUUCGUCGUUUGGAUUUUCAAGGAAACAUGCUAUUUGGCGACUAUCAAAUAGAUAUACUGGACAAUCUGUACCCUCUGAUUAUUGUUAACUUGGAAUACAUAGAUAUAUCAAGUUUUGUUUGCUAUCGAGAAAAAAGUAAGAUGCCUAGGUCUAUCUUUAGUAAAAUGUCAUCUCCCCGCCACUGGUUUCUUCCACGAAAAUUAAAAACCUUGAUUGCUGAUGCUGUUAAUAAAGAUAUUGAGUAUAAUGGUGAUAUGAAGUUUAACGAAAGAAAUUCUUUUGAGACACUGUCAGUAUGUAACUAUGACCACGUGACAUUAACGGGAAGUAUCGAAGGAUUGGUCAAUUUAAAAACUCUGAAAAUAGCGCAUAAUCAUAACAUGACACUCAGUGUGUCGUUUUUCGAUACGUUUCCUAGUUUAGAAAACCUCUAUUUGAAUGAUGUAUCGCUUCCUGAAGGCUACUUUUGCCAGAAAGGCAGACGGCUUUUUUCCAAGCUAACAAAGCUAACUCUUCUGGAUAUAUCUGGAAAUGAUAUCAGAUGUCUCCCCAAGAAUAUUUUUAAAGACAACCACAAAUUACAAACAUUGAUAUUAUCAAACAACCAGUUUCACACUAUUCCAUUCAGUAUCAACCAUGUUCCCAAUUUAUUGACACUAAAGAUGGAUGUUAAUCAAAUAGAUGUUCUCAGUGAAUCCACAACCAGUUCAUUGGACAUCCAUGCCCGCACCAACAAACAUUUUUAUCUGGAUCUAUCGGGAAAUAAAUUAAUUUGUGUAUGCGGUGAGAGUGUGUAUUUUCUUUCUUGGCUUCAAGGCAAUGAUUAUUUGAUUAACAGAGAACAGUAUUCGUGUACGAUUUACAACGGAUCAUCUGUUCGAGUUAUGGAUUUUAAUGCUGAACGCUUAUGGCGACAUUGUUCCGGUCAGGUAUGGCUACUCAUAGCAAUUCCUUUAUUUGUGUUUGAUAUCUUAGUCUUUGUGUCAUCGUUUGUUGUAUUAAAACAUAAAACUCAAGCAAUCUAUUUCUUUAAAAACCUUUUUCGCAAAUGCGCGAUGUGUCCGGCACGAACAGACUAUAAGUUUGAUAUUUGUUUAUGUUAUGCUGACCAAGACUGGAGAGGGGCCUGCCUAGAUAUAGCAGUACACUUGGAAAGGCGCUACGGCUACACAGUCUACUUGCAUGACAAAAACUCUAUUCCCGGAGAACCAUUGGCAGACUCCAUUAUGUAUGGAAUAAACAACAGCUGGAAAACUGUUCUUCUUUUAACGCAGAACUUCAUCGAAGACGGCUGGUCGUGGUUUACGAUGCACGUUGCUAUCAGAGCGGUGACGUGGAGGACGCCAUACAGACUUAUCGUACUGAGAGACCCCAGGCGAGCGUGUGAGAUACCAGACUGUAUUUUAUGUGUUGUGGAUGAAGAUAGGAUUCUCCCAACGCCGGAUCAGGAUGUAGAUGAAUCGUGGGAAGCCUUGGUCUGCCUUAUUUAGUGUACAUGAACGAUGAUAAUAGUCUUGAUUAGGGAAUAAACAGCAGUAUGUCCAUAUAUGUGUAGAUUUAUAUUAUGAAAGUGUAUGCUAUAUGUUUUACUAAUAAAACGUCAUUGAAAUGUU